AUGGCAUACAACGACGACGCCGUGCUGGCUAAGCUAUCAGCUCUGAAUGAAAGUCACGACAGCAUUGCUACCGCAGCGCAAUGGAUAAUGUUUCACAAGAGACACGCCGAUCGCACAGUUCAGCUUUGGCUUCAGCGCCUGCGGGACUCAUCAAGCACCAAGCGACUGAGCCUGGUUUACCUUGCAAACGAGGUCACUCAGCAGUCCAAGGCGCGUCACAAGGAAGACUUCCUGGUAGCUUUCUCGCCCGUCAUUGCAGAGGCCACGGCAUUAGCGUACAAGGGCGCGCCGGCCGAGAUUCAGAACAAGCUCAGAAGAGUGAUCGACGUCUGGAAGGACCGCUUCAUCUUUGAGCCACCGAUUCAGCAGGCCAUUGAAGCACGAAUUGAUGAACUUGACAAGGCUCGUGGGACAGCCAAGGCAAGCUUUGGUGGCCCUGCCAUGGGUAGCGGCCCCUCCGUGCCGGCCGAGCUCACUCCCAUCGCCACCUCGUUCCAAAACGUGUCGAAGCUCAAUCUGCCCACGAAGACGGCCAUAAGUACCGCCAACCAGGACUUCGAGAAGCUCACGGAUCCUUCGACACCUGUGCCGUCAGCCCCAGUCUACGCCGCACGCUUGAAUGGCCUCCUUAAGAGUCUGGCCAGCGCAGAGGGCGCCGUUGCUGAGUGCGUCAAGGCUCGCAAAGGCCUCAUCGGCGAGCUGGAGAAACUUCUGAGUGCAAACCAAGAGGCGUUGGCGAAUGAUGAGAAGCAGUACGCCGAGUUGACGUCGCGAAAGGCGGAGACCGAGGAGAAAAGACGCGAGGUCGAGCUCGCCAUCAUGCGCGGACUGCCGACGCACGAGGCCUCGCAGUCGCCGGGAAAUGGGGCAUCUGCGAGCCCGGAGCCGGAGAGACCAGAGGUCGAAGCGCUCACGCCGCCGGCCAUGGAAACUUUCACGCCGCCGUCCGUGGAAGCCCUGACGCCUCCAGCAAUUCAUGAUGAGCCACCCAUCCACGAGCACCCUGAAGCGGACCGCGCGAGAUCAGCGUCGAGUCAGGGAUUCCAGCCGCCUCCCGCUACUGGCAUCGAGAUGCUGUCAAACCUUGCAUCUCAAUAUCAGUCCAUCCCGGUCUCUGCUAACGGGUCUAAUAAGAGGCGUCGAGUUGACGGGGACGAUUUUCCUGACCUCGGUAAUGACGACGGAAUCGACGCCGAUGUGGCGGAAAUGCUGCGCAAGGACAGCAACGGCAAUCCUUGA